UUUAUUUCAAAAGCAGCAAGCCCAUAUAAAAAUUGAUAUUUUCUUUUUUCCAUUUCUUUUUUUUUUCUCUUAUUUCUUUUCUUUAUUUAUACCAAAACAGAACUAUACUUAUAUAAUAUGACUGCUGCUACAACAAACGGUGCUGCUCCUUUACCAGGACGUGUUGAUACUUUGACUGACAAAGAAAACGAAGGAUUGAAGAAAACUUGGCUCCGAUUGAUUGAAGUUUUUCAACAAAAAGGUGUUGAAUGGGUACCUCCUGUUAAAGUAGAAGAAGUAAAGGAAGUUAAAAAGUCUCGUUGGGGUUUUGGUGGCAAGAAAGAAUCUACUGAAAACAAAGAUCUUUUCCUUGGCGCCACUGCUAAUCCUGAAUGGUUAUCUCUUCCUCUUGAAAAGGCUCUUCCUCUUAUUCCUGGUGAAGCUCUCGGUAUUACAUUUUGGAAUAUGGUUGCUGGCGACAAUCCAGAUGCUGUGGUACUUCGUUUCUUGCGUGCUAGAAAGUGGGACUUGGAUGCUGGUUUCAACAUGUUAAUGAACUGUCUCCGAUGGCGUAUUGUUAUGCGUGUUGACGAUAUUACUGCUCUUGGUGAAACUGGUAUUCGUAAUGAACUUGAAACUCUCAAGCCUGGUAUGGGUGAAUCUUUUAUUAAAAACUUACACAGCAACAAGUCUGUCUUGGGUGGUCCUGAUAAAGAAGGUCGUGGUAUUUCUUACAUCAACGUUCGUUUCCACAAAAAGGAAGACCAAGACUUUGAAGUCAUCAAACUUAUGACUCUUUAUGUGAUGGAAACCUCUCGUAUGAUUGUUCAUCAACCUGUGGAAUCUUCUUGUAUUGUCUUCAACUUGGAAGGAUUCACUCUUGCAAACAUGGAUUUCGAAUUCGUCAAAUUCUUACUCAACUGUUUCGAAGCUUAUUAUCCAGAAACUUUAGGUUCUUGUUUGAUUCACAAGGCUCCUUGGGUAUUCUCUACUGUGUGGACCAUGAUCACUCCUCUUUUGGAUCCUGUUGUUGCUAGCAAGAUUCACUUUACUAAAAACUUGGAUGAAUUGGCUGGUUUUGUUGAUAUGAAUGUGUUACCACCCUUCCUCACUGGUACUGAAGAAAUCAAGGUAAAUAAUGAUAAAUUCCCUUGCCCUCCUGCUGGCACAUUGGAUCGAAAGAAGACUCCUGAAUAUCAAGAUUAUGAAGACAUGAUCCGUGAAUAUCUUCAUGAAACCCACGCCUGGGCAAAGACUGAUCUCCCUGCUAAGGAUACCAAGCGCAAACAACAAGCUCUUCAUUACCGUCAUGCAAGCAUCAAAGCUGCAAACUAUCUCCGUGCUCGUACCUCUUAUCAUGAUGAGGGUUUGGCCGAUCUUGAAAAUGGUCGUUUACUUCUCAAGUUUUGUGGUAGAGUCCCUACUAUUGAUAUUACUGAUUGUGUUUAAUUAGUUUCCACAUCCCCGUUUUCCUGUCCUCUUUUAUACAUACAUAUAUUCAUCCUUUUUUAUAUAUUACCUCUUUUUUUUUUUUUUUUACUUUCACCUUUUUUUCAGUGUAUUCCCUUUAUUAUUUGUGAUACAAAAUUUGUAGAUCGUCAUUCGUAUACUAUUCAAUAAAACUUGAUCAUUUUGUAUAAAAAAAAAUGUAGUCUUGUUAUUAUUUUGUACUGUGUGUGCGUGUUUGUGUAUGAGG